AGACUCCAUUUUUCUUCUUACACCAUCAUGUUUAGAACCAGCAGUAUUAGAGGAUUCAGCUCCAGUGCCAGGGCAUUGAAGAUUAAGGUUUCCACCCCCGUUGUGGAAAUGGAUGGUGACGAAAUGACCAGAAUUAUCUGGCAAAGAAUCAAAGACAAGUUGAUCCACCCAUACUUGGACAUCGAUUUGAAGUACUACGAUUUGGGAAUUGAAGCCAGAGACAAGACCAACGAUCAAAUCACCAUCGACGCCGCUAACGCCAUCAAGAAAUACGGUGUGGGUAUCAAGUGUGCCACGAUCACGCCAGACGAGGCUAGAGUCAAAGAAUUCAAUCUUAAGAAAAUGUGGGUUUCUCCGAACGGAACUAUCAGAAACAUUUUGAACGGAACUGUUUUCAGAGAGAGUAUUAUCAUCCCCAACAUCCCCAGAUUGGUGCCAGGUUGGGAAAAGCCUAUUGUGAUUGGUAGACACGCCCACGGUGACCAAUACAAGGCCACUGAUUUGGUGAUCAGUGAACCUGGAAAGUUGGAGAUGGUUUUCACUCCUCAGAAUGGAGGUGAAAAAGUCGUGAAGGAAGUGUACACAUACCCCGAAACCGGGGGUGUGGGCUUGGCUAUGUACAACACCGACGAGUCCAUCAGAGGGUUCGCCCAUUCGUCUUUCAAGAUGGCUUUGAACAAGAACUUGCCAUUGUACCUUUCCACCAAAAACACCAUUUUGAAGAAGUACGACGGAAGGUUCAAGGAUAUUUUCCAGGAAGUGUAUGAAGCCGAGUACCAGACUGAAUUUGAAGCCAAAGGAUUGUGGUAUGAACACAGAUUAAUCGAUGAUAUGGUCGCACAGAUGAUCAAGUCUAAGGGAGGAUAUGUGAUGGCUUUGAAAAACUACGAUGGGGAUGUGCAAUCGGACAUCGUUGCCCAAGGGUUCGGGUCGUUGGGUUUGAUGACUUCGGUAUUGAUUACUCCAGACGGCAAGGCUUUUGAAAGUGAAGCUGCUCACGGAACCGUAACCAGACACUACAGACAACAUCAACAAGGUAAAGAAACUUCAACCAACUCGAUUGCGUCGAUUUUUGCCUGGACAAGAGGGUUGAUUCAAAGAGGAAAGUUGGACAACACCCCUGAAUUAGUAGAGUUUGCCCAAAAGUUGGAAGACGUUACGGUGCAAACAGUCAUCGACGGUACCAUGACCAAAGAUUUGGCGUUGGCCCAAGGCAAAACCGACAGACUGUCAUAUGUAACGACCACGGAAUUUCUUGACGCCGUUGCCGAGAAGUUACAGCAAUCUGUUUCCGUCUAAGAAUGUUGGGUUUCUCAGGAGCAGUGUUUUUGUUUCUAACAAAGCUGUCAGUUUAGUAUUUGCAGUCGUAGAAAUAAAUGCGCAUUUAUGCACGCCCACGGGCAAGUUUAGCCGUUGCGUCUAAAGGGGGAUGCUCU